AUGGAAGGAACAUCUCUAUCAAUGCCUAACGACUUUGUUCUCGCUGCUGCCUUAGCCCUAGCUUUGCAAAGUCAACAGAAUCAGGGCGAUCGUACUGCGGCGGAUACUACUAUGAGCGAUGCUGCAUAUUCAAUGCAGCGAAGCCCAUCAACGUGGACUUUGCACUCGUCGGACAUGUCUGUAGAAAGCAUCAUGCCAAAUUUCGCUUCUACUCCAAUAUUGUCACAAGAACACGGCGUAAACAGUGAUAUGAGAGGCGAAACAACCUCAGCUUUUUACCGAAACGAAGAGGAAAGCAAUACGAUCGAGAACGAGCUAGAAAACGAUCUUGAACUCGUGAAUGAUGAAGCUGACAGACGAGCUGGCAUCAUUCGUCCAGCGCAGAGUACUGCAACACCGCAAAGCAAAAGAAGCCGAAGUCGUUACGGACGGAGACUGAAACAGCCCAUGAAUUGCACGAUAUCCACCUGCUUAGAGGAAACAAUGGCUAGCGAUACUCAACUAACGACUGUGUCGCAGCGCACCGAUACUCGCAAGUCCUUGAAAAGCAGGAAAUUCUGGGAGAAGAUGUUCGAACUGCAGUCACAAUGGAUACAGAAAAUACUGUCUUCGUCGUACUCGCGAUCGGCUUUUGCGGCACAGGUUCUAGAAUGUUGGAAAAUGCUUAUGAAAGCAUACUCAUCCCUUUCGAGCCGUCCUGUCGAUCUUCAAAAGUGUUUACAGCUUUAUGUGGUUGAUGCUGUGAAACUUCUGGAGCAUGGGGUACAGCGCGGUUACAGUGAGGUGGCUACGCUCAUGGUCGAGUUUAUUAAUGUAGUUGUGAGCGCGUUUCUAAAAAAUUCAAGGCACCUGAGCGAAUUCAGUUCUUGUUGGAUACAAACCAGGGAGAUCCUACGUAUUAUAUGCGAAACACCUACCAACAUGAAUGUCCUCUGCGGUUUGUCGACCACUAUCGAUGAAUUGAAAUUGAAUUAUCUGAAAAAGAGAGCCACCGAUGCCGUUAUACUUCGAGAUGAUGCGCUCACUGCCUACAUAAAAGGCUUAUGGUUUGCUUUUUUGAGUAGCGUUCGCCACUGA